AUGGCGUUUGAGGAGACAAGAGGCAUAUUAGGAACGGAUGCUGCACCAGGAGAAGGCUCUCAGAUGUCGGAGCUGAGUGGUCUGUUUGUAGUGAAGCCAGAGAACGUCACCGCUAUGAAAGGGAAGGACAUCACGUUUGUGUCCAAAGUCAACUCCUCGGCUCUGACAAGGAAGCCCGUCAUGAAAUGGGUGAAGGGGAAGUGGCUCGACCUGUCUAGCAAAGCUGGGAAGCACCUGCAGUUCAAGGAGUCUUACGACAGAAACACCAAGAUCUACACUUACGAGAUGAACAUCAUCAAAGUGGUGGAUGGAGACGCAGGUGGCUACCGCUGUGAGGUCACCGCCAAAGACAAGUGCGACAGCUGCACAUUCGAAGUCUCUGUGCAGGCUGCACAGAAGGACCAGCAGGACAACAUCUUGGAGUCGUUUAAACGAUCAGGAGAUGGGGAUGAGGAUGCUGGUGAGCUGGACUUCAGUGUGUUGCUUAAGAAAAGAAAGGAGAAGCCGGAGGAGCCGAAGGAGGAGGUGGAUGUAUGGGAAAUCCUAAAGGCAGCCAAGCCUUGUGAUUACGAGAAGAUUGCCUUUCAGUAUGGCAUCACAGACCUGAGGGGCAUGCUGAAGAGGCUGAAGAAGAUGAAGGCGGGGUCCAAGAAAAGUGAUGCUUUCCUAACGAAGCUGGAUCCAGCCUACUCCGUGAACAAGGGAAAGAAGAUCCAGCUUACUGUGGAAGUUGCUGACCCCACAGCUGAAAUAAAGUGGCUGAAAAACAGACAGGAAAUCAAACCUUCAACCAAGUACGUGUUUGAGAGCGUGGGCAACAAGCGGACCCUCAACAUCAACAGGUGCAACCUGUCUGAUGACGCAGCGUAUGAGUGCGUUAUUGGGGAGGAGAAGUGCUUCACAGAGGUUUUUGUUAAAGAGCCUCCAGUCACCAUCACCAAGCUGCUGGAUGAUGUUCACACUGUGGUGGGAGAGAAGGUGGAGUUUGAAGUGGAAGUGUCAGAGGAGGGUGCGAACGUUAAAUGGAUGAAAGACGAAGCUGAGCUGAACAGAGAAACAGCAGGUUCCAAAUACAGGUUCAAGAAAGACGGGAAGAGGCACGUUUUGAUCAUAAAUGAAGCAACUAAAGAGGACAUUGGGAUGUACUAUGCCUUCACCAACGGUGGAGAGUCCAAGGCAGAGUUGGAGGUUGAAGAUAAGGAGCUUGAGGUUCUGCAGAGCAUUGCUGACCUGACAGUAAAAGCAGCUGAACAGGCCGUGUUCAAAUGUGAAGUGUCUGAUGAAAAGGUGACGGGAAAAUGGUUGAAGGAUGGUGUUGAAGUCCAGCCCAGCGAUCGCAUCAAAAUAGCCCACUUUGACAGGACCCACAAGCUGACGAUUGAUGACGUGAAGCCUUCAGAUGCAGGAGAUUAUACCUUCAUCCCAGAUGGAUAUGCUCUUUCUUUGUCUGCCAAACUCAAUUUCCUAGAGAUCAAGAUUGAAUAUGUUCCCAGACAAGAUCCUCCCAAAAUCCACCUGGACGCAGGUGGCAGGGGCAAUAAGAACAUCACCGUGGUGGCUGGAAACAAGCUCCGCUUCGACGUUGAGGUCACAGGAGAGCCGGCCCCCGUCGUGUGCUGGAUGAAGGGAGACCAGGUGGUCUCUGAGGCCGAGGGACGGGUCCGUGUGGAGUCGAGGAAGACCGUGAGUAGCUUUGUGAUCGAGGGGGCGGAGAGAGGAGAUGAGGGUCCCUACACCAUCACUGCAGCCAACCCUGUAGGAGAAGACAAGGCUGAAAUCUUUGUCAGGAUCGUGGAUGUGCCCAACCCUCCGGAAAAUGUCAAGUGCACAUCAGUUGGCGAAGACUCAGCCUUCAUCACAUGGGACCCUCCCUCCUUUGAUGGCAGAGUUCCUGUUAAAGGGUAUCUGAUGGAGAGAAAGAAGGUCGGUUCAUCCAGGUGGACCAAACUAAACUUUGACGUUUACGAGUCCACCACAUACGAGGCCAGGAAGAUGAUUGAGGGUGUACUUUAUGAGAUGAGAGUGUUUGCAGUCAACGGCAUCGGCAUCUCUCAGCCCAGCACCAGCUCCAAGCCCUUCAUGCCCAUCGCCCCCACGGGCGAGCCCACUCAUCUCGGGGUGGUGGAUGUGACAGACUCUACUUGUGCACUCAAGUGGCGGCCUCCAGAAAAAAUCGGAGCCGGCGGCAUCGAUGGCUACAUCAUUGAAUACCGCACAGAAGGAAGUAAAUGGGUGCAGGCCAUUGAGGAACCAGUGGAAAAGAACCAGUACAGGGUGAAGGAUCUCCCAAGUGGGGAGAAGAUGCUAUUCAGGGUGUUUGCAGUCAAUGUGGCUGGACGCAGUCCCCCUGCCACUCUGUCUCAGGCCGUCACCAUCAGGGAGAUUGUUGAAAAUCCAAAGAUUAGAGUCCCUCGCAACCUGAGAUCUCAGCUCAUCAAAGCUGUGGGGGAGAACGUGAACUUGGUCAUCCCUUUCCGGGGAAAACCUCGGCCCACUGUGACCUGGUUCAAAGACGGCGCUCUCCUGGAAGACAAAACCGUGGGGACUCGCACCAGCGAGGUGGACAGCAUCCUGUUCAUCCGCUCUGCAGAGAGAAGACACUCAGGAAUGUUCACCCUGUCUGUUCAGAUCGAGAACAUGUCGGACAGUGCAAACAUCAACAUCCAGGUCGUAGAAAAGCCCGGUCCGCCCAUCAACGUGCACGUCACCGACGUGUGGGGCUUCAAUGCUGCGCUGGAGUGGAAGCCACCCAAAGAUGAUGGCAACUGCGAGAUUAUCGGCUACACCAUACAGAAAUGUGACAUGAAGACUAAGGAGUGGUUCACAGUCUAUGAGCACAACCGCAGGCCCAGCUGCACCGUGUCCGACCUGGUCAUGGGGAACGAGUACUCCUUCCGAGUGUUCAGCGAAAACAUCUGUGGCCUCAGCGACGAUCCCGGCUACAGCAAGAACACCGCUAUCAUUAACAAAACAGGUGAACAAAUCCCUGCAAACGUCUGUGCACAGAAACAUAAGACACUGAAAUGUUGACCUAAUUUCACAUUCUCCCCCUGCUCCCCUCCUCUGUUAAAUCACUGCCUCCGCCUCCAACCUUCCACUCCACUCCUGUCCUGACACACCGUACCCCAGCCAAAGAUCAUCUGGAUGAAGAACAAUAUAACCAUCAAAGGUGACCCCAAGUUCCUGAUGCAGAACAACCAGGGGGUGUUGACUCUGAACAUCCGCAAGACAAGCCUGUUCGACGGGGGCCGAUACUCCUGCAGGGCCAUCAACGAGCUGGGGGUUGACGAGGUGGAUUGCAAGCUGGAGGUUCGAGUUUUUCAGGAGAAGGCAGAAGAGAUGAAGAAAUGAGCUGCAGCAUGAAGCACCAGAGACUAAAACAGCCCAACAGAAAAAGUAAAUGGAUUCUAUAUAACAGGAUAGUCAUGAAUAAAUAUGAUCAGAAUAGAUCAGUGGUGAGGCUCUAAAACCAAACCCCCAAAACACUUCUCAUAUGCCUCACUUCUGCUAUGACCAAUCAGUAAUGUGCCAUAAACUCCUCCAGCAAGCCGCCACCUUCUCCCAUCCCCGCUGCUGCUCUGUAACAUGACUCCCCUGCUGUGACCACACACAGGCAGAGCCUUCUUCUCUGUGAAGUGGACCUGUCACUGAACACACUUAUAAAACAGCUCCUCAUCCAUUA